AGCGUUCAUGUCACAAGUUUGAACAUUUUGCGAAGUAUGAGACACUUGGUCACACCUUCUUUUAGUCAAAUGACUAUUAUAGUAAAUCCUGUAAAAAUCCAGUUCUAAAAUUUUGAUUAGUUAUUUUUAUAGAGAAGUUUUUUUUGCAAAUUUUUUCCUCAUUAUUCAUCGUGAAUCUUUCGUUCAGUUUUUUUUUCAAAUUUACGUCAACAGUGUAUUAACUGUAAAUUUAAAAUAAGUAAACAUUUUGGUAAGAACUUCCGUAUGGUAUCUCUUUCAUCCGGGUUUUGUGUUUGGAUUUUGAGGAAAAUCUCUUGAAGUUGCAUGAAUAUUUAAUAAAAUUCAGUGAAUAAUGUCAGCCCUAAUAGAAAUGGACCCAACAAUUAAGAAUGCCAUCAAAUUAGUGCACUCUUCGAGUUCUGAUGCUGCGGAAAAGCUUCGUCUGACUCUGGAUGAAUUGAUAAAGACACGUUUCAGCUCCAGUAAGAUGCUGGUAAAUGUGCUGAAUAAAAAGCAUUUGGCUGAGGAGAAUACUGCCACGGGGAGUGGGACAGCGACUCAUCCACCUCAUCAAAGGCAUCGCUCCACAGACUCCAAUUCCAAGUCUUCGAGCAGCAAAAGCAGCUCAUCUAAUUCUUCCGUGUCUGCUCUUGAAGUUACAGCUAUUCCUCUUGAUACACCGACAAUAAUGGUGGAGCUGGAGACACUGGAUGAGGACACAAUAAUGGAGGAUGAUCAGCUGAAGGAAUUAGAGGAAUUGGUUUGCGUGGUGUGUCGGCAAGUGGAUGUCAGUUUCCGGAAUCGUCUGGUGGAGUGUGCAGAUUGCCACUCGUUGUACCACCAGGAAUGCCAUAAGCCUCAGAUUUCCGAAUCAGAUGCCAAUGACCAGGAGGACUCUUGGAUAUGUAUUCUAUGCAAGAGCAAGGAAAUUACCAAAUCCACCACUGCAUCAACUCCAAUUGUCACUCCUCCUCAGACAAUUCCAUCAUCGCCACCACACAAAUCAUCCAGUUCCUCAUACAAAUCUUCCAGCAAGUCGCAUGAAUCAUCUUCCAAGAGCAAGUCCAAGAGCUCAUCGUCAUCUUCCAAGACUAGCUCGAGGGAAUCCAGUUCCAGCUCCAAGGAUUCAUCUAGCAGGGAUAAAUCCUCAUCGUCAUCUACGUCGUCAGUUACGCCCAAAAUCAACAUAAUUAGUGCUGACAAGAGAAUCCAGAUUAUGAAGAAAAAGGCCAAGCUCAACGAAGGCAAGAGGAAGCAUAAGUAGAUGGGCAUUUUAUUUUGAUACUGGGCAAAAGUGAAUUUAAAAAAAAGUCUGGACUUGUAAAAUUUUGAAUAAAAUAUUUUUAGAUCAAUAAAAAA